GGACUUUACAGUGCGUAGGCUUUCCUAGACUAACUGUUGGCGUUUGCUUUCUCGAAGAUAUCACAGGCAACAACAGAGAAUAAAUGAAAUGGAAUUUCUGAUAAUUUUACUAGUUGCCGGACUUGCAAAUGGUAGCUUUGAUUACACUGGCAGGGCGACAAUGGAAGAAUUUAAAACUUUUCUUCAAGCAGGCAGCAAGAUAUAUUUGUAUUACAGAAGCUACUCUCGUCAAAUAAACGGUGGUGAUCCGAAAUGCAUUUUUAUGAACCACAUAACUAUCUUGAAUGCGACGACUUUCGCCUAUACAGAGGGUUAUCAGAAGCCCGAUGGGAGGUCCAUCGUUUACACGGUACGCGCACGAAUAUCUAAAAAGAACUCCGCGGACAGUCCUCCUGUGAUACGAGCGACACGAAGCGGACUGCAGAGAAAAUAUCGAUUCGAGUAUUUCGAUGCAAUGGCCGCAUGUGCUGUUAUUACUUUCAACGACGGCAAAUGCACAACAAAAUGUGAACUCCACAUCUGGAGUGGAAACGUAGCAUCUGGACCUUCAGAAAACUGCAAAAGAGAAUACGAAUAUUCGUGCCCUGGGCGUACAAUAUACCAAGUGUAUGACAGAACGUGCUUUUAAUCAUGAAAGAAUAAUAGUUGUAAUUGAGCUUCUGGGGCGGGUCAACGGCGCUCCCACCCUUUCUCUUUGUUCAUUAUAUAUUGAGUGGCAAGAUGUUUGACGUAUCAGUCUAGGCUGAAAUAAAGUCACUCAUAGUUUAGUGACUCCGUACGUGAGGGUAGUCUGGGUGAACUUAACAUUGCUGACAGAUCACUGAUGCUCAGUGGAUACGUCUAUGAAAGCCUUGACUCUAACUUGCUAGAGUAGAAGAGUGAUACUGAGGUACCCUUUGUAUCUCCUUUGUUCCGAUUUAUCAGUAGUUACAAACGAACUUCUGUCAUUUAUCUGACCUGCAUCACUCCCUUUCUGCGUUGGACCAUCAAUGCCGAUCAUUGUCUAAGGCAUCACUGACUAACGACAAAGAACGAACGCAAACAUGAAUUGCUGAGUGUUGCUAGUGGUGAAAACUACUGACGUAAACUAAAAAUUUAAUAAUUCAGCUUUUUCUGCGGUGCCCCUAUAGCAUUUCCAAUGCUCGAACUGGGCGGGAAUUUAGAUUCCAAUGUACCGUGCAGUCCCGCGUCAGAUUACUUUGUGAUGUUUCAAAAUAGACAGGCUCUCUCUCGCAAUGUAGCACAGUUCCCUUAACUUCUUACUAGUUUACGUAGGUUCCUUGCCGAAGAGUUUCAAUUUAAUGAGGGAUAACUACAGUAUUUUGCCUAUAAGCUCUACUAUCAGGUUCAGGUCAUUUACUGUACUUUACUAUUAGGUACUGUACUUUUUUUACUAUCAGGUUAUUUACUCUACCAAAGCUUACAUAUAUUACGUCUUCCUCUCGAAACCAAUCAAGAAAGGCAUUGGUUUCGCAGCUUAUUUUGUUUUUAAAGGAGCCCGGAUUGUUCUGCUGCUGAACGCACCGAUGCGAGUAUUUCAAAAACAAUGACAAGCGCAUCAAAGGAAGCACUGAUCUCUUAAAAACAUAUGAGCGUACAUGCACCGACUUCUGCUAUAUAGUGCAAACACCUAGAUGAUUCAUAUUUGUUUGAACAAUAAAUUUUUCUUUCACGA